AUGAACUUUUUCAAGAGUAACAGUAACAGUAACAGUGAUACUAGUAGUAGCAGUAGUAAUAAUACAUCAAAUGAUAUAAAACCAGAAAAAAAAGAUUAUAAACAUAUAGAUGAUCCAUUUCGUAUUCAUAGAUUAACUUGCGAAAAUAAUAUUGAAGAAAUUAAGAAAUAUUUAGAUAGUGAACCAUAUUAUAAAGAGUUUAUUGAUAUUAGAGAUACCCAUGGUUAUUCAGCUUCUCAUUAUGCAGCACAUUUUGGACAUAAAAAUAUUAUCGAAUUAUUAUUAAAAUAUGGGGCAGAUCCAACUAAAAAGAGCGCUGCAGGUUGGUCAGUAAUUCAGGAAGCAUGUGGAAGAAAAGAUAGAGAAAUUGUAACAUUACUAUUACAACAAAUAAAGAAUAAAAUUGAAAAUGAAUUCACAAAAAGAAUGCCAAUAUUAGUUUCAGCACUUGAAAAUAUACCAGAUUUUGAAAUGGAAUUAAAAUGGGAAGUUAAAAGUUGGGUACCAUUAGUAACUAGAUUUUGUCCAUAUGAUACUUAUAAAAUUUAUAAACAAGGAUCAUCAUUUAGAGUUGAUACAUCAAUUAUUGGAAUGGAUGGUAUUAAAUUCAUUAGAGGGGAUUUAUCAUUUUUAUAUAAAUCUCAAAGACUAUUUUCAAUGGAUAAUAUAAAACAUACAUAUUCAGAGAUGGAAAUUGUAGCUUCAAAAAAUCCAAAAGUACAUGAUGAAGAAGUAGAUAUACUUUUAGAUCAAACUAUGAAUAGAGUAAAAUUAAUGACUGAUGAAAUCGUUUUCACAAAAUCAAAAACUUGGUUUGGUAAUGAAAAAACAGAGAAAAUCGGUGACAAUGCUGAUUGGAAUGCUAAAAUGUUUGAUGUUACAAAUGUAGAUUUAAAAAUUAUGGCAAGAAAACCAAAAAGACAACCAAAUCAUCCACAUUUUAAUAAAGAUCAACAACAAUUAGAAGGUAAAGAUAGUAGUAGUAGUGGUAGUGAUGAUGAUGAUAAUAAUAAUAAUAAUAAUAAUAAUAAAAUUACAACAAAUAUAGAUGAUAAUAAUAAUAAUAAUGAUGAAGAUGAACUUAAUCAAAAUCCAAUUGAACAAACAAAGAAAUAUAUUGAAUCAUUAAAAAAUGUAACUUAUGAAAUUAGAGAUAGUACAUUGAAAUCAAAAAUAAUGGAACCAGGUUAUUUUAAAGCACCAAAGAAUUUUGAUCCUUAUACACAUGAACAAAAUAUUAACAAGUCAAAGAUUAAAACUCAAGGUUUAUUAUGUGAUGGUGAAACCGUUAGUGAAAGACAUAAAUAUUUCAAGGGUACAAUUUGGAUAUCUGAGGAAUUCCCUAGAAAAGUCACUGAUCUAUUACCAAUUUUUGAAGUUUUAUCACCAACCAAUAAAUUGUUUAGUAGAUUAUGUGAAUUUAUCUCUUUGAAAUUACCAUCAGAUGGUUUUCCUGUUAAAUUGGAUUUACCAUUAUUUCCAACUAUUUCUGCAACUGUUAUCUUUACAAAAUAUAUUGAAAAGCCUGUUGAUAAAAAUUUAUUUACAAUUCCAUCUCAUUAUAUUGUAAAAACAACCCCACCAUCUUCAACAACAUUUACAAAAUAA